AUGCAAGAGAUACUGACUUCACAGGGAAAAUUAUUAGAUCCAUCUGAACUAGCAAUUGCUUUCGCAAUAAUCAAGCAUAGGGCCCCUUCUCUUUGGAAAAGGCUCACUUUAAUUUUUGAUGGACUGGGAGAGACCUCGUUCCUAUCUGGUAAAUCUGUGCUAUCCCAAAGUGUUGAACGCUCGGCGGCUAAGAAGCGCACCAGAAAAAACAUAUCGUUAGCCUCCGUGGACCGAUAUCUGUACAGGUACAUCAUGAACGGAAACCAUUACCAUUUAGAGCCUGUUUCAACGUUUCUAAAUGUGAAUCGCUAUAAGCUUGAGCAUUUGUCAAAUAAUAUUGAGAUUAUAAAAGCUUUGGGCGCCGACUUGCAGGAGGCUGAAGUUACUAGGUGGCUUCUGCCCAACUAUCGCAUUCUGAAAUGGCUAUUUUCAAUAAAUUCAGAUGACCGAAAUAGGCGCCGCACGGCAAAUCAUGUUGCCAACACUUUUCAGCUUAUUUUGGUGUCCUAUUAUUCCUUUACUGCCGAUGAUAAGAAAUCGGUACAGGGGAUAUGCCAAGGGCUAAUCUACAAGUUUAUUAGAGAUGAAUUGAUUGGUUUUGACACUUCAAAUGUUAGAGUUGUGAAGCUUUUACGCGAUUACACAGAAUCUGAAUCAGUUGAGGUCAAUAUUGUGUCGUUAACAUCCCUGUGCAGAGGACACCUCAAGUUACUAGCAUUCACCAUUAGGCUGAUGCUCCAGAAUGAAAGAUUCGAGGUAGUUACAGGUAUUAUUGGAUUUAUCUUGAAGCUCUUAGAGACUUUGGUUAUUUGCCUUGUAAAAUUAAGAGAUCCUUCUGUUAUAGUCCAAGACAGGGGUAAGGCAUACCAGGAUAUGUACAAGGAGCGGUCAACAAAAAUAAGCUACAAGAUGGUCUUAGAAGUUCUAGAAGCAUCACAUUCACUCGGGAUACAGAAAGCCACUCAAAGGAUUGAAAUCGCCUUGAGCUUUUUGAUGGACCUGGUAGUCACUUUGAACUUAGAUCCGCAAACUGACGACACUCAGAAUUUUGUUGAUACAUUUCGAGAGUUUAGGCCAUACCUUGUCAGCGAGUUUUUAAUGCUCAAUGAUUCAAGACUCACGGCUAAAUUUCUCCGAAUUUCAUGGCCUGACCACAACGAUCAAAGAGUCUAUACCUCCAGAUGA